AUGGCACCUGCUGCUUCUCGAUGCGUGCUUCGAGCCGCAGCUCUCGUGGCUGUCACUGCUGGGCUUUGGCUGACUCAGGCCUUCGUAGCCGCCCCGGCCCCCCAGACUUCACCCGCCUUGCGGGCGGCCGGACCGCGUGCCACUGCAAGCACUGCCACGGCGCAGACAGGGUCCGAGACCACUGCGCUGGCAGCUAGCUGCCUACUGGCCGGCGUCUCUGCAUCCCUGGCACGCAGGGCGACAGCUCGUCGUGCGGAUCAGCAAGAGUCGGAGCAGAAGAAGCCCUUCAGCGUUUGGGAGCCGGACACCUACGGCAACAUCUCCAUGGACGAUGUGAAGAAGUACGGCGCAGCCGGCACCCUUUCGUACGUGAUCACCGAGCUCAUCUUUUGGGCGGUGGCCUUCCCCUCGGAGUGCAUUGUCUACUUGAACACGGCUGGGCACUGGCCUGACUUCAGCAAGCCAGAGGAGAGCGCGGCCGUCUUCGGGCUUGUCUUCGCGGCCUCCAACAUCGCCCGACUUCUCCUACCCAUCCGCUUCGGGGCAGCUCUCGCCAUGGCUCCCUGGGUUGACGAGAACAUCAUGCAGAAGUUCUCCAAGCAGGAGGUUGAAGGGUGGACUACGAGCAAACUGACAAAGUACUUCGGUGUGCUGGAGUGA